GAUACAGAUGAAUUACUCCAUGGGGGAUGCUGUGUGUGGGAAUUCAAAACAAGCCAAAACCAUCGUGCAGCUGUCGUGCGGAAGGACCGUGGGUCAUCCCAAACUCCUAAGGGAGGACAUGGCAGCUUGCGAGUUCUGGGUGGAGUGGGAGACUCGAGCAGCCUGUGCAGUGAAGCAGCAAGGGGAGCAGGUGGAGAUGGUGAACGGCACCAUCACAGUUCCAGAGACGGGUGCCCUGUUCAGUCUGGGAGAUCUCUACUACAGCCUCCACAAAGCCACAGUUGACAUCAGACCCAAUGGUGACACCUAUGUCUAUCACAUCCAGCUAUCAGGCAUCACGAACAGCUCCUUAUCCAAGUGCCUGGGCACGAACGUCUGCCAGGUGAAGAAGGACGCCACCGACUGCAGGAAGAUCGGCUCCUCCAACAAGGCCAAGUACUACAUCAAAGGGGACAGUCUGGACAUCCUGGUGCCUUCGGAGUCUGUGUGCAGUCGUGACAAAUCGAAGACCAUGUCGUCGACCGUCUUGUUUCACUGCAAGCCCGAGGCCGGAGUGGGCAUCCCGGAGUUCCUGCUGGAAACUGAUGGGUGUCAGUACCUGUUCGUCUGGCACACCAACAAAGUGAGCAUGGACGAAGACGGCUGCAUAGACUAG